CAGCGUUCUUGCUUUGCGGUGCUCGCUCUCAACCUGGUCGGCUUCAGUCGGAUCUGCAGUCGUGUACGACAUAGAUGUUCUUCUAGCUCGGAAGCUGUUCGUGAAUAAACCUGUAAUUUCGUGGCUGCUACUUCGUAGAGUGGAAGAUGAGCUCGCUCGCAUUCCUGGUGACUGAGCUUCAGUCGUUGGCGAGCGAGACGAAACGCAAGCAUCCCGAUGUCCGCGAGGCUGCUGAGAAGUCACUGGCUAUCUUGCGUUCGUCACCUGAACAGGCUACGGCAAACUUAGCCUCUGAUGGGCCGCAGUCCGAUGAUUUACUGAAACCGGUGUUUAUGGGAUGUGCUACAAGGAAUGCGAAAGUCGUCGCCAUUUCCUUGGGCUCACUAACCCGGCUUAUCACUCUUAAAGCGGUUCCUAUGUCCGCAGUUCCGGGGAUUAUCAAUACUAUGAACGACUGCAUGAGUCAAGGAGUCGACAUUCAGCUACGGAUUCUGCAGACGCUGACUUCGCUUAUCACCAACUAUCCUGCUGUUCAUGGCCCUUUACUAGGAGAUGCUCUGUUAUCAUGUUUCAAGUUGCAGGAAUCGAGGAUAGCAGUAGUCUCAUCUACGGCGGCUGCGACGUUGCGUCAACUCGUAAUGUUCGUGGUGGACAAAGUCGUCGAUGAGGACAACCAGGAGGAGCUGGAUCAUAAAUUGUUGGAAGAAAUUACUCUACCUGACGGCUCCAACAAGUUGUUACGUCCUUCAGCCAGAGAUGCGUUCGCCGUCUUCGAAGACCUCUGUCUCCUAGCCAAUGCCGAGAAACCUCACUUCCUGAGGCUUGACCAUCUCCACAAGACGUUGGCACUGGAGCUUAUAGAGAGCGUACUCGCCAACUACCAUGACUUAUUUCGCAAGCACGUAGAACUGCAACUUCUACUUCAACAUCACCUGUGUCCCCUCUUACUAAAGGCUCUUUCCGAUCGUCCAGCGUUCCCGCUGACGUUACGCUGCACUAGGGUUGUAUUCCUUCUGCUCAAGCAGUUCUCUUUGGAGUUGAAGACGGAGACGGAGGUGUUCCUCAUGCUUCUGAUCAAAAUUGUCGGAGGAGAUCCGGACCCCAGCGUACCCUCUGACUCUGCAGCACCGAGACCACAGUGGAUGCGUGUUCUUGCGAUGGAAAUAAUGCGAGGCGAUUCCGAACUGAUGCGAAAUGUCUACGAUCGCUAUGAUUCCAACCAGCCGGGGUCGAAGGUCUUCUAUUCUCUGAUCACAGCCCUGAACCGGCUGGUGACUGAGAAACCUGCGCUGUUAGGAGUAGGAUCCCAGAUGCAGGGCGUCGGAGUCGCGCAAGGAAACAUCGGUGAGAGUCCUUCCUCGUAUGACGUCGGCGGCGUCGCCGGUAUGGUAGCUACAGCCGCAAGCGCGACUAUGUCGGGUAUGGUCGGCAUGAUGGGGCAGGAGGCGGGGUUGAGUAUCCAAGGAUCAGCUAUGAAGCUGCAGUGCAUAGAUCAGCUCGACAAGGCGGACGCACCCGCGAUCCCAGAAGCGUAUAUCUAUCUGCUAGCCGUCCAGUGCAUCGUAUCGCUAUGCGAGGGCUUUGUCACAUUUGCGGCGCCGGUCUACAACUCGAUCAUGGUCCAGAAACCACGAGCAGCUGGCGAGUCAGUAAUCAGGGCCCCGCGCGCUUUGGACCUGGACACCCUCCCAGCUGAGGACUCAGUCGCGAAGCAGCUUCGGCUUGUGCGUGCUAUGGUGCAGGAUGGCUGGCCCGCUCUCCUGGCUGCCUUGUCGUUCAUCAUCUCGACUAAUCUGUCGGACGAGCUUUUCGUGGAGGUCCUGGCGAGCUAUCAAGCCGUGACGAACGUCUCCGGUAUGUUCGGGCUCACUACUCCUCGGGAUGCAUUCCUGAACAGCCUCGCGAAAUUCGCCGUACCGUCGCGUGUUGUGUCGAGCCUCGAGUCUUACGUCGAACCUGCGACACCUAGGACGGCGGCUUCCUUGACGGACGGCCUUGGGCUGACGGCACCUACUCAGCCUCCUGGAUUGUCCGAGCGCAACAUGGCAUGCCUCAAAAUCUUUAUCACUAGUGCAUUAUUCCUAGCUGGUAGCCUCGGGGAAGGCUGGUCCAUAGUGCUAGAGGCGUUGCAGAACGCGGACUAUGUGUUGACCUUCAAAGGAACGAAGUCUACGGCCGGGAGACGCAUUGCUUCGGGUACGGGAGCGCCGCCUUUGCGCGCAGUCGCAUCCUCUGGCGCAAUCCCGAGCGCUGGCGGCAGUGUGAACCAGCAGCCUAAUCGACAUCCCCUACUCUCCGAUUUGGAUGCAGAUAGUGUCUUAAGCGCUAUCCAGCGUUUGUUUGAUGCCUCGAAGAAUCUGGACGAUCUUGCGUUCCAAGACUUCGUGUCCGCACUAUGUAAACUCAGCUCUGAGAUGGUCGGUAUGCAGACGGAGGUUGUCAGUAUUCUGACAGAGACAGAGGACUCUCAGACACUCCAAGUCAGCCCGCCGUCUGAUGCUGCUCAUCGCAGGAGAGUGAGCGGAAUCCAUUUGCCGCGGACCCUGCGAUCGGGUGACUUUGGUAUCACCAAACUCGGCGGUGUUGCCCUUCUAAACAUUCACCGUUUGAUAUACCGCUCUCUGGAGGUUGCUUGGGAUUCUAUCACUAGCCACCUCUUGUUCGUGUUGCGGCACCCGUCGGCGCCAUCCGCCAUCCGUAUUCAAGCAGCGCGUACACUGGACGAUAUCCUUAUCGUUAUCCCAAGGAACCUGACCACGCCGGGAGACCUACAAGCUCAGGUCCAGCGCAGAGUUAUUGAUGUCUUGUCUAGACAGGUUAUCCCAGAUUCCGCUGAGGGAUUUGUUUCCAGCAGUGCAAGUGCCGAAAUACGUAGGAUGGGAUUGGAGACGUUGCAUCAAAUCCUUUUAGCGUCGGGUCAUACAUUGGUGGUAGGAUGGGAGACUAUCUUUGAGAUGUUGGCUAGCGUAUGCAGGCCUGUCUCCUCGUUAGUAUCCUCCGAUGACGCUUCGUCUUCGGCGUCUUCGCCCGGUACACUUCGUGCGAAGCCUCCCCCUCUGGGUUAUGUCAGCGAAAAGAGCUACACUGCAAACGUCAAGAUCGCCUUUUCCUCGCUGACUCUGGUCUGUGACUCACUUUCUCUUCUGUCCCCUGAACACCUGCGCCUGUGCAUCAGCACCCUCGGGCAGUUUGGGCGUCAAGCUGACACGAAUAUCGCCUUGACCGCGGCGGAGAGCUUACUCUGGGGCGUCUCCGACUCCAUCCAGGCUAAGCGUAAGGACGCGGAGCAGGAGCCUAUCUACAGUUCUCUGUGGAUGUUCUUGCUCCUGGAGGUCUUGGGGCUCUGUACAGAUGCUCGGCAAGAAGUACGGGUGGGAGCCAUUCAAACACUGUUCCGUUCAUUGCAGCUGUACGGUGCGACGCUCAGCUUAGAAACGUGGGAGGAAUGCAUCUGGAAGGUCACAUUCCCUCUUCUUGAUUCCAUUACGACGGCUAUGAGGCAAACUGCUGUUUCGGGGACGCCGGGUUUGCCAGCUUCCUCUGUUAAUCCGGGACAAGCAUGGAACGAGUCUAAGAUCUUGGCGCUGCAGUCUAUAGGCUCGAUAUUCAGCGAGUUCUUAACGGCAAAGGUUAUGCGACUUGAAUCAUUCAGCAAACUAUGGGAUAUCUUCGUAAACCAUAUCCAGGACGCCGUAUUAUUCGACCAUCGAACUAUCAGUGUUCUGACGUAUCAGAAUUCUCCUGAUUAUCGGCCUGAUAUUGAUGCACUUACCCCGGUUCAGACGGUCGUUAUAGACACUAUCUCCGACGUUGACCUAGGCGCGAGUGGCGUGCCAUCUUUAGUGCUGAAGGACUUGUCGGAGUAUAUCACCCUCCCCUUCGUCGCCGCCUUCGACGUACCUGUCGAGCCUUCAACUGCCGAAUCAUCACAAACUGCCAGUAAACCUAGGAAACGGAUUACAUACAUUGGGCUGUGCAAGAAAUGCAUGCCGAUGCUUGUGGACCUAUUCCUUCAGUUCAAGGACAACGCGGACAUAUAUACAGAUGGAACGUUGGAAGUCGUAAUUUCUGCGUACUCGAUUCCUAUCAAGAUGAAGUACGAGUGCCCAGCUCCAUCCAAGUACGGAAAAGAUCUACCGCUAUGGAAGACUGCCACCACGAGCUUCCUACGGAUUGUCAAAGACUGCGGGCCGCAGAUCGAGUCCAUGGGUUCUGAAAUACCCGACGAUCGUGUGGAAGGUAUAUGGCGCCAAGUUAUCGAUGUCUUCCGUGGUGCCAUUCUGGCUGACUGUUCGGAGACUGAAACGAUGCCACUCGAAAUGCAGGAAGCGGAAGAGAAUUUCGAUCUGGCGCUCUUAUCGUCCCUGGAGAUCGACGUCGUGCCGCACCUAGGCGACACCCGCGUCCCCGACCACCUCAUUGCGCAUCUCGCGAAGGUGCUCCACCAGGGGAGCAAACUAUUGGACUUCAGCGAGUCUCAUUACGUGCAGACGCCUCCCCCCUCCCCUCCACAUGGAAAGAAAUCCAACAAGGCAGCGGAGAAGGAUAGGGUGUACGACGUCGGGACCACCGAGCGCGGGCGCGAGUACCCGCGGGAGAGGUUCUCGUACUGGUGCUUUGACUUGCUGUUCUUGCUCGCUUCGGAUGUGUCUUCUGAUCAGGAAUCAUCACGGCGGCGUGUAGCCGCGCUCAGUCUUUCAGCGCUGCUGAGCCGGUGCAGGAUGACGCUGGUCAGCUACAUCGCAGAUGAGGCGCUGAGAGGAAACAUGCCCUUCCCCAGGGUGCGCGAGGAAGAGCUGAUCUACGUGCUCCGCAAGCUCCUUGAGAUGAAGCUGUGGCCCGGGGUGCUCUGGGCGGCCUUCUCGGACGCGCCUUCCAAGUAUUGCGUCGAACAACCGCCCGUGCCCGCGGACGCCAGCCCAUCCGAGCUCAUCUCAGACUCGAUCAAACGGUCCUCGAAGGCGCACCUGUUCCACUUCUACGACGUGCUGUGCGAGAUUGCCGCCAUCCCGAGGAAGACGCCCACUGCGUGGGUGACCACUUCGAAGUCUGGAGGAGCAGACGGGGUUGAGAGUGAAAAGGAGGCGGUGAGGGAAUUCGACGCGAGGGGACUCGCAAGGGAAUGCUUAAGGGAGAUUGGGAAGGAGAUGGGGGUCGGUCGGUAGGUACCCCUCAUACGAAGCUUGGGCUUGGGUAUUGGUAUUUUAGAUGUACAGGACUUGACGCACUGAUGAUACACUAUAUACAUAACGAUACAUUGUGGACUUACAAACUCUAUACUGUACUUACAACCAUCCGCCCUCCAUGCUACUUCCUAGCAUUCGCCUCCGCCAUCAACCGCACCGCGUUCGGAACGUCGCCCACAUCCUCCUCGUUCGCGCCCAGCAG